GGCUCCUCCCCUCCAGUCUUGGCAGGUGUACCGGCUCCUCCCCUCCAGUCUUGGCAGGUGUACCGGCUCCUCCCCUCCAGUCUUGGCAGGUGUACCGGCUCCUCCCCUCCAGUCUUGGCAGGUGUACCGGCUCCUCCCCUCCAGUCUGUACCGGCUCCUCCCCUCCAGUCUUGGCAGGUGUACCGGCUCCUCCCCUCCAGUCUUGGCAGGUGUACUCCUCCCCUCCAGUCCAGGUGUACCGGCUCCUCCCCUCCAGUCUUGGCAGGUGUACCGGCUCCUCCCCUCCAGUCUUUGAGCAGGUGUAUCGGCUCCUCCCCCCCCCCCCCCUCCAGUCUUGCGCAGGUGGAUCGGCUUCCCCCCCCCUCCAGUCUUAAGCAGGUGGAUCGGCUCCUCCCCCCCCUCCAGUCUUGCGCAGGUGGACCGGCUUCCCCCCCUCCAGACCCAACGCUGAGGCCACCACCUUGAUCCCUCAAUCAUGCGGCCAGUGAAGGUUCCUCCCAUCC